AGUGCUUGGUCAGCCUCUGGGCAACCCCGGGUCCUCGAUUUGGCACUUGGGGUAGAAGUAGAGGCGAGGGGGAGGGACCCGAGUGAGUCGCUAAGAGCUGAGCCUGGGAGGCCCCUCGGAGCGCUGCCCCAGCCUCUUCUCAAGAGUCACUCAGUCUUCCUUGGGGCACCGGCGCCCCAGAACCCUGGGGGCUGCAGAGCUGGGAGGGCGCUCGAGUUGCGAGGAUCCGGGCUGCCCGCGAGAGGAGGAGCGGGCACCCAGGAUGGGAUGCAUCAAGUCCAAGUUCCUCCGGAAUGAAGACAAAAUCUCAAAAACAGAUUCCAGCACUAACCCGAGCAGCCCCCUUUAUGUGCCGGAUCCCACAUCCUCAGGCAAGCGGGGGCCUAACAGUAGCAAUGGAAAUCCACCAGGGUCCAUAGAGGGCCCUGAGGACAUUGUUAUUGCCUUGUAUGAUUAUGAGGCCAUUCACCAUGAAGACCUCAGUUUCCAGAAGGGGGACCAGAUGGCUGUGCUGGAGGAGUCUGGGGAGUGGUGGAAGGCUCGAUCCCUGAUCAACCGGAAAGAGGGCUACAUCCCCAGCAACUACGUCGCCCGCGUUAAUUCUCUAGAGACAGAAGAGUGGUUCUUCAAGGGCAUCAGUCGGAAGGAUGCAGAGCGCCAACUCCUUGCCCCUGGCAACAUUCUGGGCUCCUUCAUGAUCCGUGACAGUGAGACCACCAAAGGGAGCUACUCUUUGUCUGUGCGAGACUAUGACCCCCAGCACAAGGACGCAGUGAAGCAUUAUAAGAUCCGAACCCUGGACAGCGGAGGUUUCUACAUCUCCCCACGGAGCACCUUCAGCACCCUGCAGGAGCUGGUGGCCCACUACAAGAAGGGAAGUGAUGGGCUCUGCCAGAAGCUGACGAUGCCCUGCUUAUCCUCCAAGCCCCAGAAGCCAUGGGAAAAAGAUGCCUGGGAGAUCCCACGGGAAUCCCUCAAGCUGGAGAAGAAACUUGGAGCUGGGCAGUUUGGGGAAGUCUGGAUGGCCACUUACAACAAGCACACCAAGGUGGCUGUGAAGACCAUGAAGCCAGGGAGCAUGUCAGUGGAGGCCUUCCUGGCAGAGGCCAACCUAAUGAAAACCCUGCAGCACGACAAGCUGGUGAAGCUGCACGCGGUGGUCACACAGGAGCCCAUCUACAUCAUCACUGAGUUUAUGGCCAAAGGAAGCCUGCUGGACUUCCUGAAAAGUGAUGAAGGCAGCAAGCAGCCCCUGCCCAAACUCAUUGACUUCUCAGCUCAGAUUGCAGAAGGCAUGGCCUUCAUCGAGCGAAGGAACUAUAUCCACCGAGACCUCCGAGCUGCCAACAUCUUGGUCUCUGCGUCCCUGGUAUGCAAGAUUGCUGACUUUGGCCUGGCACGGGUCAUAGAAGACAAUGAGUACACAGCUCGUGAAGGAGCCAAGUUCCCCAUCAAGUGGACAGCUCCUGAAGCCAUAAACUUUGGAUCCUUCACCAUCAAGUCAGACAUCUGGUCCUUUGGUAUCUUGCUGAUGGAGAUUGUCACCUAUGGCCGGAUCCCUUACCCAGGAAUGUCAAACCCCGAGGUGAUCCGGUCACUGGAGCGUGGAUACCGGAUGCCUCGUCCAGAGCACUGCCCCGAGGAGCUCUAUGACAUCAUGAUGCGAUGCUGGAAGAACCGCCCUGAGGAGCGGCCCACCUUUGAAUAUAUCCAGAGUGUGCUGGAUGACUUCUACACUGCCACUGAGAGCCAGUACCAACAGCAGCCAUAAUGGACAGGAGUAGACUGGGGCAGACCCUGGCUUCAAGAAAGAGCUUAUACAAUGAUAGCUCCAGCACCAUCUGUCCAGGACCCUUCACUCCUCCCACUCCCAGGCACCUUCAUGAUUCCAGCCUCAUUUUUUCAUCUGUUAAAUGGAUGGACAAUCUCUUUUUGACUCUAGCAACUCACAACCUGCCAUUCUCAGGAGACCCCAAGUUGAUAUUUCUAUUGCUUGGGACAGUUGAAUUCCAAUUAUAUCAGGGCCAGGCAGUGGUGCACCUGGUUAAGUGCACAUAUUAUAUAGCACACAAGGACCCAGGUUCAAGCCCCUGGUCCCCACCUGCAGGAGGAAAGCUUCACAAGUGGUGAAGCAAGGCUGCAAGUGUCUCUCUCUCUCUCCCACUCUGUCUCCCUCUUCCUUCUCAAUUUCUCUGUCCAAUAAUAAAUAAAUAAUAUUAAAAAUUACAUCUAUGGUUUUUGAAUAGAAAACUUUAAAGAUAAUGAAAUAUAUAUUUAAAUUAAAAAGUAUGAAUACUAAAGAU